AGACCCUGCCACAGCCUGAGAACCGUCACAGACAACGGGGGCGGGGCUUAAGCUCGGACAGAUCAAAGGCCUUUGCAACGUCACAUCAAAGGCCUUUGCAACGUCACAACAAAGGUGCUUCGAAGGAGCUCCCAAAUAGCAUAAAUAGAGCCUUGGCGACACUCUACACCAGUGCACUCCAAAGUUGGUCCGUCUAAAGUAUCGCUGAGUCUAAAAUACUGCUGAAAGUCAACCGUUAUUAAAUAUGUCUCACGUUUAUGGUAGAGCUAACGAUCACGUUUCCCGUGCAAAGGUUUGCACAACUGAAGAAUUGCGGGCUGAAAAAGAAGCCACAAAAAAGGAGAAAAAAUGCGUCAGGUUUGCAACGCUCCCAUCACUCCACAACGGCUGGGAGCACACAAUCCGACCAACGACAGAGAGAGUGCGGGACGUACAAAGGGUAAGUCGGGAGUGGGGUGAGGCUGGCAGUAGUGAUCGGGUUGGUUUCUUCCGUUGUCAGCAACGGAGCAGCUCAGAACAAACAGCACCUAAAACGGAAUGCCUGUUUGUUAAUAAAUCAAAUAGGGUUGUGUCUGUAGCUAAAGACUCACCAGCUAAGAAUUUAAUCCCACCCCUGCCUCCUCUUCCUAUUAAACCGCAGAAAACACAGCGUGCCCCUAUUAUUAAAAAGCAACACGAGGUUGUUGCACCUUAUGCACCACGCAUAUUAGAGACGUGGGACAUAAACACAAAUAAAAAUGUACUUCCACCCCUACCUCCUCUUCCUAUUAAACCGCAGAAAACACAGCGUGCCCCUAUUAUUAAAAAGCAACACGAGGUUGUUGCACCUUAUGCACCACGCAUGUUAGAGACGUGGGACAUAAACACAAAUAAAAAUGUACUUCCACCCCUACCUCCUCUUCCUAUUAAACCGCAGAAAACACAGCGUGCCCCUAUUAUUAAAAAGCAACACGAGGUUGUUGCACCUUAUGCACCACGCAUAUUAGAGACGUGGGACAUAAACACAAAUAAAAAUGUACUUCCACCCCUACCUCCUCUUCCUAUUAAACCGCAGAAAACACAGCGUGCCCCUAUUAUUAAAAAGCAACACGAGGUUGUUGCACCUUAUGCACCACGCAUGUUAGAGACGUGGGACAUAAACACAAAUAAAAAUGUACUUCCACCCCUACCUCCUCUUCCUAUUAAACCGCAGAAAACACAGCGUGCCCCCAUUAUUAAAAAGCAACACGAGGUUGUUGCACCUUAUGCACCACGCAUGUUAGAGACGUGGGACAUAAACACAAAUAAAAAUGUACUUCCACCCCUACCUCCUCUUCCUAUUAAACCGCAGAAAACACAGCGUGCCCCUAUUAUUAAAAAGCAACACGAGGUUGUUGCACCUUAUGCACCACGCAUAUUAGAGACGUGGGACAUAAACACAAAUAAAAAUGUACUUCCACCCCUACCUCCUCUUCCUAUUAAACCGCAGAAAACACAGCGUGCCCCUAUUAUUAAAAAGCAACACGAGGUUGUUGCACCUUAUGCACCACGCAUGUUAGAGACGUGGAAAUAUUAACAGCAGUAAAAUAUAAAUAACACCCCCCCC